UAUACCAUGGCUUUCAACCAAUCACAAUUCAGGGCUCAAACCACCCAGUUUAUAAAAGCACAUAAUCCCAAAGUAAGUGCUCCAAAACACUCCUUUCUUAGAUUCCUAAUCCAUGUGCCAACCAGGAAGAAUAGAGUCCUGACUCAUUUACAUUUUAGCAGACACACUUACCCAGAGUUCCUUACAAUAGUGAAUGCAUACAUUCUUAUACUUAAUUUUUCUUCUUCAUACGGGUCCCCCGUGGAAAUCAAAUCUACAAUCAUGUGGCGUUGCAAGCGCCAUGCUUUACACAGGACUCUACAAGGAUAUACCAGUGGGAGCACAAUGACAUAUUGAUCCCAAAAACCAGGACUGCAAUCCAACUGUAAAAUAAUUACAGUACAGCAUGCCAGCCUGAUUCUGCUAAAUUGGCAGAGUUAUGAUUGGGACUAGUUCCAUUAAGUGUGCGUGUGCGUGUGUGUUUUCAUGCCGGGGUGCUUUGUUUUUGUUGUUUGGUGGCAGUUACAGAAUAUCUUAUUGUACAGAUCAAAGAUACAUAUGCCACAGCACAUGUUGAAAAACUGUCAACUACAGCUGGAGACUACAGCAUUGCAUAAUUAAACCUCUCUGCUCAAGCUGCUUUAACUCUGACACAUACUGAUGUUAUGUCACCAUCUUGUGGCCCAUUGGUGGUCUAAAUCUGGAAGAUUUAAUUACUGUGCUCAAACCAUCUCUGAGGCAACAUGAAAUGAAUACAAUCCAUUAAUAAGCAUAACUGCAUUGUGAAAAAGACAAUGACGUACAGAGGGUGUACCUCGACUCUCCAUGUUGGUAUAUGCAUAUGUUAUACACAAACAAGGUGUAUGAAAAAAUAGGUUUGAGAUCAUCUGAUUUGCCUCUACGGCUCUCUGUCAUUUCCAAACACGUUGACAAAUUGCAGAAGGGUUGUCAAUUCACAGUAGCCAAUUAGCAUUUUUCCUCUGCCAAUGAGAGUCAAACUAAACAGUCCUCCAGGUUUCAACUUUAUUUGUCACAUGCACAAGUACAGUGAAAUUAUUAAUAUGCAAACCCUACCCAACAGUGCAGUACUCAAUAUCAAAAAAGUUUAACUAAUUAAAAAUGUGAACAUUUAAAAAACACACAAAAUAAGAGAGGAGGCUAUAUACAGGGUAUACUCCCAGUACAAAGGGUUAGCCUACAAGACCAUGGUGUACUUACAUGGAAACAAUGUUACAAUACAUAAAGACACUGUCCUCCUCAUCAGACCCCACUUGUUUCUCCAUCCUCUUCCCUCAGUGUCACCAUGGUUCCUCUCCCUAGUUGCCUGGCAACCAGCUACUCCUGGAAAUUGAGGAGACUAUAGUUGACAUUAUAAUUAAAGACCACCCCCACCAUUUACAAUAACUACAUUUAUUAAAGAAAAUAAUUGCAAAACAAAAUCAUAUCUCUGUAGUUGAUUUUUGUAAUAUAGGCCUAAAUUACAAAACAAUUCACAUUUAGGUUAUUUAUAAAUCAGCCACAUGGCCAAUAGUCUAACACUUGAAUUACCUCAAGGGUUUUUUAAAAGAGCCAUGUGGUAUUAAUAUUCAAAUAAACAGAAGAUGCUGUCUGACAAUGUGAGUCAGAUAAACAUAAUUGUGUGCAAAUUGCAGCAAUUGAGGUUGUUAUGUAACACUCACAUGGCCAUAAAAAAAAAAACAUCACAAAUACAGAUGUCUUUUUUCCCAGUCUCACCCACACCAGACCUAUAAUCACCAUCCCAUCUUAGAUGGACACUGUCUAUUUGAUCUGUCACACAGGAAAUGUAUGAAUUAAUUAGGCACAAACUGAUUUCAUCAUUAUGCAAAACCAAGUCCUGUAAUCCAUAGGCCUAUAUCUAAAUUGUUAUGAGGUGGUCUACAUUUACCAGUAGGUCUAUGCAAUUUACAGGAAAGAUAUACGUACAUUGUGAGUAUUGCUGACAAUAUUAGAGACAUUCAUUUUUUAUCAAACAAGACAAUGAAUAUGAGCUGGUCAUUACUCCCUGUCAUCAGUACAUUUGGUAUUUUUUAAAGUUUGAACUGUGUCUAACCAAAGAGUUCCCUCUCUGUAACCAAAAGCUAAGAGCCAUUUUAUUCUUGAUCUGAAAAUGUGGUCUGAGGCGCGGUGUGGAUGGUGUGGCGCAAUAGCGGAGCCCCCAGAGGCACGCAGAGGCCAAAUUGAGCUCUGUUCCGCAUCGCGGUGCGCCUCUCAAAUGUUUUAACAAUGCGGAGUGCUCCGUAUAGCUCCGCAUUGACAUGAUUGUUUGACGGUCGGUGAGGGCGGGAGGUCAUGUAUAACACAAACACAACAGCGCUGCUCGGCGAAACGAAAUAAGUAUGAAUGUCCCGACUUCUGCAGAGUCCAUAUCACCGUAAAUGCUGCACGGCCAAAGCAGAAUUCGGAAUGACCAUGCAGGGCCUAUCAGGAUGAAAGGCCUAGCGUAGUAGCUAGGUAGGACACUUCCCAAUAAGCAACUUCCGUAUUGCAAAGCAUUUUGGUACUUGUGUACACUUCCAAAUAAUUCUUCCACAUAACUAGCUAGUUUGUAGUUUUAGACCCACGAGCAGUUCUUUUGUGUCGUUUCCUCAAUUGAUAUCAUUAGUGUUAAACUGGUUUAUGAACAACGCUGAAAUUAAACAAACAUCGGUAUGGCGGAGGGUGCCAGCGGUAACGCGGUGAAUCUUCCUCCCGGAGAUCCUCAGCUAAUCGGUCUCAUCGUGGAACAUCUCAAGAACCGAGGCUUGUUCGACGAGUUCCGCAGAGAUUGCCUGGCAGAUGUGGAUACAAAGCCUGCCUACCAGAAUCUGCGACAAAAAGUUGACAACUUUGUAUCCACUCAUUUGAGCACUCAAGAAUGGAACCCAUCAAUCAACAAAAAUCAAGUGCGAAAUGGGCUAAGACAAAGCGUCGUGCAGUCAGGCAUGCUGGAGUCUGGAGUGGACAGAAUCAUCACCCAGGUGGUGGAUCCCAAAUUGAACCACACUUUCAGGCCCCACAUUGAGGAUGCCAUUCAUGACUUCCUGUCUGCUGAGAAGGAGGAGGGUCCAUCCAACACUCAAUCAGAGACUGAGCAACAAGAGGCUCCAAGCCACACUGGACCCAAAACGCCAUGAGGUACAGAGAAACGUUUUCUGCUGAAGGUAGAAAUCUUCUAGCGCUCCAUCCGGCUGGAUGUACAAGGACCUACUGUCUAGUAAUCAUGGAGCAAGAGGUUUGCACAACUCUUAGUCUUUCUUCAUGUGGAGAAACCAAGCCGUGGAUGUUAGCUGUCAAUGCUAACAGCUACCAAAUAAUGCCCAUAACAAGUCAAAGGGGUGCAAAUGACACUAUGGUAUUGCACCCUCAAACUCAACUCUGGACCUCGAAGCCAGUUCCGCUGCAUUUUUUCAUUGUUCCCUUCUAAUCAGGGACUGAUUUUGACCUGAGACACCAGGUUGUGUACAAUUCAUUAUCAGGUAGAAGAAAACCUGCAGGCAACGGACCUCGUAGGCUAAGAGUUGAGUACCCCACCCAGGUAUAGCACAUGGAAUUUUGUUUGUGGUUAUUGAAUUAAAGAGACUGGUAACUUUUUUUUUUUUUUUUUUCUUAAGAGCAGGAAGUAGCCAUUGUAAUGUUGGCUUACAAAUUUUGUUCCUCAGUUUGACACUUAUUGGUGAAUAUUGUAAAUGUCAUUCACCAAUAAAUUAAUGAUUUGGUAGAAAUGUG